AUGUCAACCGAUAGAUGCAAUGAGAAUUCUACCGAAACAUUCCGCGUCGAGAUAGAAAGCCUGGACUGUGGGGAAGAUCCUUGGGCCUGCACCAAGGCCGUGCACAUUGCCUUCCCGAACGUCACCGUGGACCUUGUUCGUGGAGCAGAACCUAUCAUAACGCCAAACACCUCGAAAGUUUGCAUUCGAGAUGUAGGUGGCACUUACACCAUGGUCCGAUACAAAGGUCUAGCAAUCACGUGGGACGGGGCAAAUAUGGUUACUAUUACGAUUGAGGAACGUUUUGCAGAGAAGGUCUGCGGCUUAUGUGGCAACUUCGAUGGACGGUCCGACGACGACUUCCUAAAGCAACAAGGAGAUACCACAAGAGAUGUGAACGAUUUUGUGGAUAGCUGGGCCACACGGGAUUGUCUGCCCGCAAGGACAUUGAGCCCUGAUUGUUUGAACGCAGUGGAGGAGGCCAGAAGACCUUGGGCCGAGAGCCAGUGCGAUAUUAUCAUUUCGGACAUCUUCUCUGAAUGCCAUCCAUAUGUAAGCCCGACGUUGUACUUUGACCACUGUGUCGAUGACGCCAUAAAGUGUUACCGCGGCAACGGUCAAGACUGCAUGUGCGACGCGGUGGCAGCCUACGCUCAAAAGUGUAUUGAGAAAGGAAUAUGUGUUGAUUGGCGAGAGGACCACCUAUGCCCUGUUCCUUGCCCCUGUGAAGAUAACAGAAAGUACUAUGCCUGCCAUUCAAGUUGUCUUACAACGUGUGCAUACUGUCCAUAUGAAGACAAGUGCAUUACACCAAAAGUAGAAGGAUGUUUCUGCGAAGGGAACCUCGUUGAUUCAAAUGGCACAUGUGUUCCACCCGGUCACUGCUAUGGAAAACCAGAAAUUACGACACCAACACAACCUACUCAACCGCCCACCACUCGUCCCCCUACAACUCAGCCACCUACUACUAGACCCUCUACUACCAAACCUCCUACGACCCCCUCUCUGCCAGCUACAACACAGCCACCUACUACUAGACCCCCUACUACCCAACCUCCAACGACCCCCUCUCUGCCAGCUACAACACAGCCACCUACUACUAGCCCCCCUACUACCCAACCUCCAACGACCCCCUCUCUGCCACCUACAACACAGCCACCAACUACUAGACCCCCUACUACCCAACCUCCAACGACCCCCUCUCUGCCAGCUACAACACAGCCACCUACUACUAGACCCCCUACUACCCAACCUCUGACAACUCCUUCUCUGCCACCUACAACACAGCCACCUACUACCCAACCUCCAACGACCCCCUCUCUGCCACCUACAACACAGCCACCUACUACCCAACCUCCCACGACCCCCUCUCUGCCACCUACAACACAGCCACCUACUACCAAACCUCAUACGACCCCCUCUCUGCCACCUACUACUCCACCACCUACUACUGGACCCCCUACUACCCAACCUCCCACGACCCCCUCUCUGCCACCUACAACACAGCCACCUACUACCCAACCUCCAACGACCCCCUCUCUGCCACCUACAACACAGCCACCUACUACCCAACCUCCCACGACCCCCUCUCUGCCACCUACAACACAGCCACCUACUACCCAACCUCCUACGACCCCCUCUCUGCCACCUACUACUCCACCACCUACUACUGGACCCCCUACUACCCAACCUCCCACGACCCCCUCUCUGCCACCUACAACACAGCCACCUACUACCCAGCCUCCAACGACCCCCUCUCUGCCACCUACAACACAGCCACCUACUACUAGACCCCCUACUACCCAACCUCCAACGACCCCCUCGCUGCCAGCUACUACUCCGCCACCUACUACCCAACCUCCAACGACUCCCUCUCUGCCAUCUACAACACAGCCACCUACUACUGGACCCCCUACUACCCAACCUCCAACGACUCCCUCUCUGCCAUCUACAACACAGCCACCUACUACUAGACCCCCUACUACCCAACCUCCAACGACCCCCUCUCUGCCACCUACAACACAGCCACCUACUACUGGACCCCCUACUACCCAACCUCCAACGACCCCCUCGCUGCCAGCUACUACUCCGCCACCUACUACCCAACCUCCAACGACUCCCUCUCUGCCAUCUACAACACAGCCACCUACUACUAGACCCCCUACUACCCAACCUCCAACGACCCCCUCUCUGCCACCUACAACACAGCCACCUACUACCCAACCUCCAACGACCCCCUCUCUGCCACCUACAACACAGCCACCUACUACUAGACCCCCUACUACCCAACCUCCAACAACCCCCUCUCUGCCACCUACUACUCCGCCACCUACUACUGGACCCCCUACUACCCAACCUCCAACGACCCCCUCUCUGCCAUCUACAACACAGCCACCUACUACUAGACCCCCUACUACCCAACCUCCAACGACUCCCUCUCUGCCAUCUACAACACAGCCACUUACUACUGGACCCCCUACUACCCAACCUCCAACGACUCCCUCUCUGCCAUCUACAACACAGCCACCUACUACUAGACCCCCUACUACCCAACCUCCAACGACACCCUCUCUGCCACCUACAACACAGCCACCUACUACCCAACCUCCAACGACCCCCUCUCUGCCACAUACAACACAGCCACCUACUACUAGACCCCCUACUACCCAACCUCCAACAACCCCCUCUCUGCCACCUACUACUCCGCCACCUACUACUGGACCCCCUACUACCCAACCUCCAACGACCCCCUCGCUGCCAGCUACCACUCCGCCACCUACUACCCAACCUCCAACGACUCCCUCUCUGCCAUCUACUACACAGCCACCUACUACUAGACCCCCUACUACCCAACCUCCAACGACCCCCUCUCUGCCACCUACAACACAGCCACCUACUACUGGACCCCCUACUACCCAACCUCCAACGACUCCCUCUCUGCCAUCUACAACACAGCCACCUACUACUAGACCCCCUACUACCCAACCUCCAACGACCCCCUCUCUGCCACCUACAACACAGCCACCUACUACUAGACCCCAUACUACCCAACCUCCAACGACCCCCUCUCUGCCACCUACAACACAGCCACCUACUACUGGACCCCCUACUACCCAACCUCCAACGACCCCCUUUCUGCCACCUACUACUGGACCCCCUACUACCCAACCUCCAACGACUCCCUCUCUGCCAGCUACUACUCCGCCACCUACUACUGGACCCCCUACUACCCAACCUCCAACGACUCCCUCUCUGCCAUCUACAACACAGCCACCUACUACUAGACCCCCUACCACCCAACCCGCUACUACCCCACCUUCAACUACUGGUAGGUACAUCAUCUUUUCUCAAUGA